AUGUAUGCCGACAGUGAUGGUGGUGGUUUAGUGUUACUCCGAAAGAAAAUCGGGAUCACAUUCAAAGAAGAUGAAAAGGGUAUAAAACCAUCACCAUCAGAUCCUCAAAACAACAUUAUUACCAAACCUUCUCAAGAAAUUGCAGAGAAACAAAAGGUGCUUUUUGAAGAUGAAACAAAUAAAAAAAGGAAGAUGAAGAGUACAAAUGAGAACAUCGAGAAAAAGAAACAAAAAACAACGAAAGAUAUAUUAAAAGAUCUGCCUUCAAUCAAUUCUCGAAUGAAUCCCGAAGCUAUGCUUGAAGUUAUAAGAAGUUUAAGUUUGUCUCAAAAGAAAUGGGUAAAGAAGAUGGGUUUUGGAUCCCUUUUGGAGUUGAGCAUCAAGAGACUACCAUUGAAGCUUGUACAUUUUGUUGUUCAACAUUAUAAUCAUCAAAAGAACAUCAAAAGAACAGAAUUGUGCUUGAUAAAAAAAAAGAUUCAUAAAGUGUUGGUCUACCAAAUGGAGGACGAAGCUUGUUUGACUUUCAUUUUAUUGACAAUGAGAAUGAAACGUAUGUUAUAUGGCAAAGCCAGUUUACAAAAGAAACCAUGA